AUGCCUUCCUUCGCUACUAUCACCGCGGCUCUCGCCCUCACGGCGACCGUUGUCGCCGGUCCAGUUGAACGCCGCAAGGCCUUCUCCAUCGAGCAAGUGCACAAGAAGACGUUCGCGAAGAACGGUGCUGCUGCCACCGUCAAGACUCUUCGCAAGUUUGGCAAGGCUGUGCCCGAGAAUCUUUUGAAGGCUGCCGAGAUCGGUCCCAACAACAUCCUCGCGGUUCAGGCAUCCAGCGGCUCUGACCCUGCCACCCCCGGAGAUGCUUACGACUCGUCGUACCUCUGCCCUGUUACGAUCGGAACUACCAACCCGACCACCGUCAACCUUGACUUCGACACUGGCUCUGGUGAUCUCUGGGUGUUCUCCUCGCUCCAGUCUUCGUCUCAGCUGAGCGGACACGACUACUACAAGGUCGAUUCCUCCAAGAAGAUCUCGGGCGCUACCUGGAAGAUCUCCUACGGCGACGGCUCUGGUGCUGCCGGCACUGUCUACGCCGACAAGGUUGUCGUUGGCGGUGUGACUGCCACUUCCCAAGCCGUUGAGGCCGCCACCUCAGUCUCUUCGGCGUUCUCUUCAGACCAGGACACCGACGGUCUGCUCGGUCUCUCCUUCUCAACCCUCAACACGGUCCGCCCCACCCCGCAGACGACCUUCUUCGACUCGGUCAAGAGCUCCCUGGCCUCGCCCCUCUUCGCCGCCGACCUCAAAUACCACACCGCCGGCAGCUACGACUUUGGCUACAUCGACACCUCCAAGUACACCGGCGCCAUCACUUACACCGACGUCGACACCUCGCAGGGCUGGUGGCAGUUCAGCUUCAGCGGCUACUCUGUCGGCACCGGCUCCACCGUCUCCUCCUCCAUCAACGGCAUCGCCGACACCGGCACCACGCUGCUCUACCUCCCCACCGCCGUUGUCAAGGCCUACUACGCCAAAGUUUCCGGUGCGACCAACAGCGCCACCUACGGCGGCUACGUCUUCUCGUGCUCGGCGACGCUGCCUGACUUCACCCUCGUCCUGAACGGCGUCAAGCAGCGCGUCCCCGGAAAGUACAUCAACUACUCCCCCGUGCAGACCGGCAGCUCCACCUGCUUCGGUGGUAUUCAGACCAACGACGGCAUUGGCUUCAGCAUCUUUGGUGACAUCUUCCUCAAGAGCAAGUACGUCAUCUUCGACGGUAGCGCCACGCCCAGGAUUGGGUUUGCCGACCAGCCCAGCUUGUAA